AAGCAAAAAAAAAAGGAAAAGGGAAAAGAAAAAAAACGAGUCCAGUUUUAAAGUUAAAAAGCGUACAUAAGCAAUCCAGCAAUAGAAUAAUAAAAAACCCACUAAUUUUGACUUCCUGUUUAAAAUCGCCGCUUAGCCUCUUCUGUCUUCAAAUUUUACAAUUUCUUUCUUAGGGUGUUGUCUCAAAUAAUAAAGUUUAAGAAAAUCAUCUCACCAAACCAACACACUUUCUCUUCUAUUCUCUUCCGUCCGGAGCUGCACCAGCUUCAGCAGCUUCAAUGGCCGCCUCUUUGCCGCUGGAAAAAAGAGCUUCUCUUGGAUCUACCAGGGACUUUGCGGUGUCCCCUGGAUCAACAGGAUGUGCUCUUCUCUGUCACUGUCUCUACGGGACAGUUUAGGUCCAAAAGGACCAUCCAGCAGCAAAGAUAUCGACAGCGAUCUUGGAGCUUCAAGAUUGUGUGUCGUACUGCCGCGAUGCCAGCCCCACCUCCCCAACUGGGCCGGGAAUUUUGAUUGAAUACCUACCGUAUGAUUGAACAAGAUGACUUUGACAUCCACACCAGAUUACACACAAUAGUAAGAGGAGAAGAUGAAGCAGCUAUGGUGGAAUCCGUUGGUCUUGCCUUAGUCAAGUUGCCCGAUGUGCUCAAUCGCCUGAAACCUGACAUAAUGAUAGUCCACGGAGAUCGGUUUGAUGCUUUAGCACUAGCUACCUCUGCUGCCUUAAUGAACAUUCGAAUCCUUCACAUUGAAGGUGGAGAAGUCAGCGGGACCAUAGAUGACUCCAUCAGGCAUGCCAUUACCAAGCUGGCUCAUUACCAUGUGUGUUGCACAAGAAGUGCAGAACAGCAUUUGAUCUCUAUGUGUGAAGACCACGAUCGCAUCCUUCUAGCAGGAUGCCCUUCGUAUGAUAAGCUGCUGUCCGCCAAAAAUAAGGAUUAUAUGAGCAUUAUUCGGAUGUGGUUAGGUGAGGGUGUGAAGCCAAAAGAGUAUAUAAUCGCUUUACAGCAUCCUGUGACCACAGACAUUAAACAUUCUGUAAAGAUGUUUGAACUGACUUUGGAUGCCCUCAUCUCUUUUAACAAGAGGACUUUGAUUUUAUUCCCAAAUAUUGAUGCAGGGAGCAAAGAAAUGGUUCGGGUAAUGAGGAAGAAAGGAAUUGAGCAUCACCCAAAUUUCCGUGCGGUAAAAAAUGUUCCCUUUGAUCAGUUCAUCCAGCUAUUGGCUCAUGCAGGUUGCAUGAUUGGAAACAGCAGCUGUGGUGUACGAGAAGUUGGGGCAUUUGGAACCCCUGUCAUCAAUCUUGGAACCCGUCAGAUAGGGAGAGAAACAGGAGAGAAUGUCCUUCACGUGCGAGAUGCUGAUUCCCAGGACAAGAUACUUCGAGCUUUGCACAUCCAGUUUGGGAAACAAUACCCUUGUUCAAAAAUAUAUGGCGAUGGAAAUGCUGUUCCAAGAAUUCUGAAGUUCCUUAAAUCUAUUGACCUUGAGGAACCCCUUCAAAAGAAAUUCUGCUUCCCUACUGUGAAAGAAAGCAUUUCCCAAGAUAUUGAUCAUAUCUUAGAAACCCAGAGUGCACUGGCAGUGGAUCUGGGUGGAACGAAUCUCCGAGUAGCAAUUGUCAGCAUGAAGGGUGAAAUUGUUAAGAAAUACAUACAACUGAACCCUAAAACUUAUGAGGAUAGAAUAGAAUUGAUCCUUAAGAUGUGUAUAGAAGCUGCCUCAGAAGCAGUAGACCUGAAUUGCAGAAUUUUGGGCGUAGGCAUAUCUACAGGUGGAAGAGUAGAUCCCCAAGAAGGUGUUGUUCUUCACUCCACAAAACUUAUUCAGGAGUGGAAUGCUAUUGACUUGCGGACACCAAUAUCAGACGCCCUGCAUUUGCCAGUCUGGGUGGACAAUGAUGGCAAUUGUGCAGCUUUAGCAGAAAGAAAAUUUGGACAUGGGAAAGGAGUGGAAGACUUUAUAACCGUUAUCACUGGCACAGGUAUCGGUGGUGGAAUCAUUCAUCAAAAUGAAUUAAUUCACGGUAGUUCUUUUUGUGCUGCUGAGCUUGGGCACAUUGUGGUAGCAAUGGAUGGACCACAGUGCCUGUGUGGGAACCAUGGCUGCAUAGAAGCGUAUGCUUCUGGAACAGCCUUGCAGAGAGAAGCUAAGAAAUUACAUGAUGAUGAUUCAUUAUUGAUUGGAGAUAUGUCUAUGAAAAAAGAAGAUACAAUAACUGCUGCACACCUUAUUCAGGCAGCUAAACUAGGAAACACAAAAGCUGACAAUAUUGUUAGAACAGCGGGAACAGCCCUGGGCCUUGGAAUUGUUAAUGUUCUGCACACCAUUAGUCCUUCCCUGGUUAUACUUUCUGGCGUCUUGGCAAGUCAUUAUGUCAAUGUUGUCAGAGAUGUGAUUCGUCAGCGAGCAUUAUUUUCUGUCCAGACAGUGAAUGUGGUUGUCUCAGACCUGAGUGAUCCUGCCUUGCUUGGAGCUGCUAGCAUGGUUCUGGAUUAUACAACACGCAGGAUAUACUGAAGACCUUACGCCAAUAUUGGACAUCAUAAUCGUUGAGAGUAGUUGAAGAAGCUAACGCUAGCACUGGUUCAUCGACCUCAAUCCUACCUGAAUAAUCGGAGUGUUCAUCUUCUGAUGUAGCAGGAGAACACGUUCUAGUAUGUCCAGGGGGGUGGGAGUGUUUUCUACAGUGAGAGGGGCCUACUCUUGACUCUGCCUGUAUAGGAUAGUUCAUCUGAAAUUCCCCCAUCAUUUCCUGACCGAUCAUUUGAAUAAACCACUCCUGAACCACCAGUGGCAUUAAUUGUCCUCCUGGUUCAGCGUGUUGUGUUUGCACAGGUUUAGGCAACGAAUGAGCCAUAGAUACAGGAUUAUUCCAGUAAGAACACCCUGGCACUGCAGAAUCCUGCAUGUUUGUAACUGCUUGGGCCGAAGUUCCCAUGUCUGAUCCCACUUGGAAAAACAUUGGCUGAUUUGUGGGAUCCCCUUUGGGAGGACUUAACUGUAGUAAGUUCAUUUGUUCUUUUGAAUUUUUUUCUACUUGCUUUACCAACGCAUUGUGUAGUCUACGCUCAGCCAGCUCAUCAGCUUUAGUUUUUCUGCUAGCUCUUGCCCUGGCUCUGAGUUUGUCAGCUGCCUCCUGUGCUGAUCCUUUGGUCUUACAGAUUCUUUUACCCCUACCUUUCUGCUGGGUGGGAGCGAUCUGCUGUGGAUAGAGUGCGUUGGAAGAUUCCUUCAUAACGUCUGUAAAUGCCUGUACUAGUACUGUGACUAUAUUAAAUAAAGGUAAAAGUACAAUUAAUUAGUCUGUAGUAAUCUUUUUAAAAGUCACUAUUAAUAAGUUAAUAAAUGGUUUAGGGAGACAAAAAGAAAUUUUUUUUUUUUUGAGGCUUUGCCCCUGAGGACUGAAGACAAAUAAAAAACGGCUCUAUAAUCAGAUUGAGUAAAGUUCGGGUCGUAAUGCACUUGUAACUAGGCAGAAAAUGGAUGCCUCUACAAAAUGGCGCUCCCGCCAAAAUUAACCGCCACCAUGUUAAUUUUACUGUUGCUGGAACCUCGUAGCAGCAGACCCAACAGCUUUGCUCAGACAGUGCUUUUUCAUUGCUGGAACCUCGUUGUUGCAGGCACAAGAGCUCUACUUAAGACUGCGCUCCCUUAUAUGGGCACACUGUCUUACAGGCUUUCGUUUCAGGGGCCCUCUGAUAUUGAUCUUUAAAGCGGUCUCUUCACCCGCUGUUUGGCACGAAACCAGCCAUUCCACGUUAAAAUCAAAUAAAGGUGUCUUUUGCGCUCGGCUGUCUAGCGCUCCCUUAUAUGGGCAGGCUGCCCAGCCGGCAAAACGAAGCCUCUCUGACGCUCCCCAAUCCCUAUUCCAGUUGUUCUUUUGGAAAAGACAAGUUCUUUAUUUUUGUGCAUACUAACAAAUUAUCCCAAAAUAGUGAAGCCGUCAUUUUUGGGGUGGCUUUUUGAUUAUAAAAUAGCUUGGUGUUAGAUGGAAUGGAAAAGAAAUGUGGUGCUGUGUUCACUUGGCUUCUAAACCAUGAAGGGAACAUCCAAGUUUAGCAUUAAAUGAUAUAGUGCAGGUGGGCUGCUAAGGCUUCAGUUUACCUCUGGUGAGACUCGCAAAAAAUUUUUUUUAUUGCGGCUGAUCUCUGAGCAAUGAUUUGCCAAUCAUCUUUGGGAAGACAUAAAUUCCUAAAGCACCCAUCCCAAGAUAACAUCCUGUAUUGUCUAAUUCCCAGAAUGCUCCAGCAUACUAGCCUCGGUCUGAAAGAUACCAUAUCUUUAAUUGCUCAUCUAGCAGAGAUAAAUCAUAUCACUGACAAAGGGCAUUGCUGCAUCUCUAAAUUAUGGUGCAGAUGUGUUUAUUUAUGUGGUUAAGUAGCAUUCAUUUUAUGUGAUUAGUAAUGUUUUCAUUCAUGUGAGUACUGAAUUUUUAACAGGCUGUUUGCCUGCUUUAUUAAAUUAGAAAAAAAAAUGUUGGCUCAACUGUAUAUCACAAUUUGAUAAGCACCAGUGAAAAAGAAAAUGUUCUAGUGUGCCAAGAGCAUUAUUUAAAAGCAAAACUGUCUUUAAUUGAAUAUUGAUCUUAGUAUUUGUUAUUUAGCUCAGCAUCGCUCCUGCAUCACUUUUUUAAUUGGGAAAGGAAUUUACAUCUACCU